AUGCCACUGUAUUGUCGCUAUUGUCAUCAUCAUCAAGAUCACACAAGAAUUCAAUACCCAAACAAGCCUAAACCACGACGCCGUCAUUGUCAAGAACGAGGCCACCUUCGUAAAGACUGCCCUAUACACUGUGGUUCAGCACUCCUGCCUAAUAACAACCCUGCUAUCUCAGAUUUUCUCGACAAGGAAUCGCCUACUUUUCGAAUGUCUAAAUCUGGUAUAUCAAUACGACAACGCACGCUAUCACCUCCCCAGCAACUCCACUUUAAUUUCAGCCCCAAGCUUUCAAAGACUAAAAAGACCGAAUCUAAUCCACUGACCACAUCUGCGCCUCCUGACCCCGUCCUUAUAGCCGACCCUCCCGACCACAAUGUUACUAGCAUCGAGAUUUCUUCACCACCAUCACCUUCUAGUGCAGCACACGCUGAGAAUAUGGUGACGUAA